UGUGUCUUUCAAAAUGAAUAAAGUACAACUAAAUAAUUUUAACGCAAAAGUUGUAAACUACGUUUUGACGUAAUUGUAAAAGUGUAAGUGGAGUGGCAUUCUAAUGAUUUGUAGUAGCAAAUUUUUGUGAGUGCGCCAUAUUUCAUAAUUAAACGCGAAGUGGAUCACUUGGAUCGUUUGGCAGUCAAACAUUCUGAAAGUGAUUUGAGAAUUAAUGAAGAAGUGACAAAAGUGUUCUGCAAAAAUGGCGCCUUAUGGUCAACCCAAUUAUAAUUUUCCCGAAGAUGAGUUUGGUAUACCAGAGGAGCACGAAAUAGACAAAGAGGAAACGGGUGUGGCCCAAGUCACUAUGUGGUAUUUGAUGGUUUUAAUGUCUAUGCUCAUCAUUUGGAUUAUGAUUUUCUUCUGCUUACGGGUUUUUACGUUAAGACAAAAGACGCGCAGCUCGCAGCAGAGACGAACGUUCAUUGCCCCUCGGCAGCGGCCGUCGCUGUCGCAGGCAGAGCCUACUAUAUACGUCAGUCCCGCCAAUUUGCCCCCACCGCCCAAAUAUGAGGCAAUGGCACCGCCCAGCUACGAAGAAGUGGUGGGAAUCCACUAUCCAAACUACCAGCCCCCAGUACAACCAAUCACGCAGCCAAUCACUGCAGCGCUAGCACAGAGCUCGAAUUCCCCAGAUAACGUUACGAAUAUCGAGAGCCAAAGUAACGCCGCCGGUACCGUUCCCAGUAACGUUACGCCGUGUACAGUUAUUACCGUUACCAAUGAAAGGACAGCUGUCACAGCGUCCUCAUGAUUUCACAGACUGUUAAUUGAUUUCAAAAUAGGUAUUUAUUGACCAGUUUAACUGGUGGGGCAAUGCAUUUAUGGAGUUUGUGUAGUACAUUGGGGGUUCAUACGAGGUACGAACGUACUGAACCAAGUCAUAAAAGACAAAAUCUAAUAAUUUAAAAAAGUUUAUUUGAAUUUCUCUGACAACUAGGUAUAUCUUAAAAAUUAAAAUAGUUUUUUUUUUUUUAAUAUACAACUGACAAAAUCAUUCAUGAAGUUCAAAUAAGCGUUUUUUUUUGUAAACCAAGAUCUUCAUAUCAAUUGUAGGCGUGAACGUAUUAUACGUUCGUGUAUAAUUGAGGUUACAAAUAAAUAUUAUAACUUACAAAAAAUUGUUUUGUAUAAACUUUAUUUUCGAUUAAUGAUUCCAAUAAAAUCACUGGUUUUGUUCAGUAAAAAAAGAAUGUUUGGAUAUAAUAGGUAUUGUUAUCCAAAUAACGUUGUUAACUAUAACGUUAUUAUUAUUGUAACGUUUGGAACACGAUCAAACUAUAAACAAAAUGAGAUUUUGUAAUAAUUUUCAGUCUUUUUCGAGGACGUAAGACUGACUCUUAUUACUUACUUUUAAUGUUAUUUAAGUAAUAACUAACAUGUGAACUGACUGUGAAAAAAUUACCUACGUAUUACUUAUAUUUAAUGUUACCAAUGUAAAAAUAUUAUAUUUUAAUAAUAAAUAUAUUUAAAAACAAAUAGUUUUAAGGAA